GCCCACCUUUUACGGCAUUGCUUUUCAAAUUGGAACGAGAAAUUGUCGUAAACACCAGAUAAACACGGACGGUUUAGUUAAAAUCGAUAGCAACGGAAGCAACAAGCUAUGGAUCGUAACAAACCGAGCUCAAGUGCUCGGUCAUCGAAAAAACCUAUCAGCUUACCCCAGAGCGAACUUUUCGCCUUGGGGUCCAAAUCGAGUGGCAGCUCACGAGAUGAUGGAAAGGGUAAGGGCGUAGUUGGUGGAGUGUCGGAACGGAAGCGGGAAGCUUCGGCAAUCGCUAGUGUCGUCGCUGCCAAGAAGAUGAAGCUUGCUGCUUCCAGCGGUUCCUCGUCGCUAACGUCGAUACUGCCGGGAACUAGCAAAUCUUCAUCAGGAGGAGACAGUUCGAGUUCUAGUAGUGUGCUAGAGUACUGGGAGCAGAUGGCACUGGAGUGUGACUCGGUAGAUCUAGUGUCCUCGGUAUUGACUGCGAUCGAUCAACAAGACAGUGACAGCGUUGUAGGGUACAUUUGUGGCGCCAUCAAACUGCUGGUGUCUCCCAAAUCUAAAUCCGAGUCGAUUCUAUCUCUGUCCCUGCUCUACUUGGCGAAAGUACGGCCUCAUUUAUUCUGUAACGAAACUGUGACGGCUGCCUUGCUAUCGGUAUUGAAGAGGGACAGUCAAAACUCGUUCAAAGGGCGGAACAACCCAACGGUUCAUAUUUUGGCUUGUAAUCUGCUGGCAAGAGGAUACAGCGAUAAGAAACAAUGGCCAGAGAAUGUAAUUCGGACAUACAUCGACGAUGCUAUCAACGACCGAGUUUGGGUCGAUUACGAGGAGUGUGCACCACUUACGGAUAAUUGCGUAGCUGCGUUCGGUAGUAAAAUUCCACCCAAAUGGAUGCUUCAACCUGAGCUGAGUACCCUGAAUCCGAACACCAGAGAUAAUCUUUCCAUUGAUGACGAACACUCGACGGAUAGUGGAAUGUUUGGUGACGCACUUGGAAAAGACCCAGAUGCGAAUCCUCCACGCUUCGUACAUAUUCAAGAUCAGGUGGAGAAAUUAAUCGUUGAAGGGGCGAAAGAUCAAUUGAAUAGAAGACAAGCCCCCGAUUGUUCGACAAGAACCUUUCUGAAGUAUCUUUCUCUUGCUUGUGGAAUUCCGGAGGUGAGAGCACUCGCAAUACCACGUCUAGAGAUGUGGAUUCACAAUGGAAAGCUCAUGAAACCUGCACAGGAAUUGUUGACUUUUAUCUGCUAUAAUGUAACUGGUCAAAGCACAAAGGAUCACGAGGUGUUAUCAAACCUGGUGAAGAUGCGACUCAAAACUAAACCGCUGAUAAACAUUUUCAUGAUCUGCUUAAAAGAGAUGAUCAACUGCCAAUCGGAGAUUUUAACCACAAUGCUGAAAUAUGUGGUCCAGAACGAACUUUCGAACGCGCGUAAUCCUAAUAACAUGGGUAUGCUUGCUACUAUGUUUCAGGCUAAACCGAACGAAUCGGCUCGACACCUCGCUGAGAUUUAUCAAGAAUGUUUACUGCAGCGUGAAGAUGUCCUGCGAACACUGAGGGUGUUCCUUCGGGAAUUGGUGAAAAUGUUACGUUACGAUAUCCAUUUGAUGGUGUUUUGUAAGGCAUUGUUGACGAACCGUGCGGAUUUGACUCCACAAGUGGCGAACUCAGAGUUUCGUGACCGAAUUUUUCAUUCCAUCGUUGAUCUGGUUUGUUUGUGCAUGUUUCUCUCGGUGUCUCCCCAGGUCCGGGAAGCUAACGCGUCAAUCAGAAGCGGAAGGGAACCGAAGAGUUUCCCUGCUUUGACCACGUUCUAUCAACAGAUGUCACUGAUUCAAUUCGAUGCCCUGACAUGGAUGCAUGAAGUCGUUCCAAUCGUAUACAAACCUUCUCCGAACGAUUUCAAACUAGCUUUCCACAAAAUACUUCUGCUAGAUACCCCAGAAGCCUAUGCGAAGGGGGAUCAGUGGCCCCCUGAGCCUGAACGUGCUCCGCUCCUGAGAGUGGUAUCGGAAAUUCCUCUCCAGCAGAACUCAAUGUUGCGUAUCAUUUUGAUAGGAAUUACGAAGGAAAUUCCGUUCACUAUACCAGACACCAUGGAAAUUAUAGAGCAGCUUGUUCGUCGAGCAGGAUCUCUUCGACACAUCGAUUAUCCGCCGCUGGAAGUGGCGAAUCUAGAAAUAAUCGAUCUGCUGUUUAAAAUGUCCGAAUAUCACCAUCCGGACAAUAUAGUCUUACCCCAGAACUAUGAGCCUCCGAAUUUGGCCAUUUCCUCCCUGUAUUGGAAAACAUGGAUAAUACUGUUACUCAUAUCGGCUCACAAUCCCUCUAUGUUUGGGUCAUUCUGUUGGGAGCAAUAUCCAAUGCUGCGCACACUGAUGGAAAUGUGCAUCACCAACCAGAUUGGUCCCACGAAACUUUCGGACGAGGAGCUACAGGUUGCUGCCGCCGAGAAGAGCCAAAUUCUGGAGUUCGAGAAUCACCUCGCUUCCAAUAUCAUCACGGAGCAGAAUAGUCUGCUUCUGUCGCAGCUUAUACUGAUGGAUCCCCGUGGCGUAGCGCGUCGUCCACCCAACCAAGUUUUGGAACAGAUCCAAUCUCUGAAUGUGACUCAUCGGCUGGGCCAUCUGCUGUGUCGCAGCCGUAAGCCCGACCUGCUGUUAGAAAUAAUUCAACGACAUGGAACCUCUCAAUCGAUGCCGUGGUUGGCCGAUUUGGUGCAGAACAGUGAUGGUGAUUUCAACCAUCUCCCCGUCCAGUGUUUGUGUGAAUUUUUGCUAUCAAACUCGGGCACCGUCAUCGUGGAGAACAGCCGUGAGGCGGAGCUGCUGCUCUAUCUGCAGAAAGUGAUUCAGGACGAAAGUGGCGAUCAUCAGACGAUUUGCGAGGUUCUCGAGUAUUUCUUGAGGCGGCUGUCAUCGUUUUCGAACCAGGCCCGCCAAUCGGCAAUACGUGGACUGAAGCUAUUAUUGAAGGUUUUUCAAGAUCCAAACGAAUCGAUACCCAUCGAGAGCAACAAUUCCGACUGGUUGCUCCGAUAUUUACCAGUAAUUCCCCACUUUAUCUACGCUCGGCCUAACGUGGUGGUACAGCUUCGAGCUGCCUGCCAGGUCGAAAACUCACCCGAACUGGUCAUGGUUUACAUACAAUUCAUCGCAGCCCAUACUUCUAUGGACUCGGAGCCGGAUAUGCUGGAACACGUGAUGGAUAUGUCACACUUGAUUGUAGAGCGCAGUACCAUCUUCUCGCACAUCAUUCCUACCGCGAUCGAUCAGAGCGAGGCACGGGUGCAAACGCUCAACUGUCUGUUCGUUAUGUUCAACAACUUCCUCAUCAAGUUGAGGGAAUUCAAAAUAACGCAGGCCUUCGCGGAGUACCAGGAUUUACUGCUGGUGCAAUUUGCGGACGAGAGCCAAUGCCACAUUCACCUCAACAUAAUUCAAGCCUUCGUGAUACUGUUAACGCAUUCUACCUAUAUUCCGGUAGCGUCGCAAAUUUUGGACUAUUGGUUCCCGGAGGGAGCGCCCCCUCCGCAAGCCUUCAAUAUCGACACAUCCGAACCGGUGCAGAUUCUGCCGGACUGGUUGAAGCUGAAAAUGAUACGAAGUAACGUCGAGCGGUUGGUGGAUGCUGCGCUGCUAGGUUUAACACCCGAUCAGAUCGUGCUUUUUGUGCAAAACUUUGGCACACCCAUUAAUUCGAUGUCGAAACUGUUGGCACUGUUGGAUCGAGCUGUAAUCGAACAGUUCGAUGCCGUGAACAAUGCAAUCAUGCACAAAAACUAUCUGGCGCAGCUGGUAGAGAUUCAACAAGCCAGAGGUGCCAAAAAUGGACACAUCUCGAUUCAGGCACUAGAGCUAGAGAAUCGACCUAUCGGGGAUCCUCCGAUAAUGAACGUGACGGUCAUGGAGCCGCUCCACAUCGAUCUGGGCGAUAAAACCCGAACCAGGACUGUCUCCGAGCACAGUAGGUCUGGUUCCAAGUCGAAAGAAAUCGAGGAAGCUGUGGAGAUUGUUCUGACGCAUCCCGCUAUCAGCAAACCAAACAUGGCUAAGUAUCGCAAGCUGAUUCAGCGGCUGACAAGUGCGGGAAAGUCCGCCAAGUCGCAGGAGUACACCGCGAAUAAGGUACUGAAUUAUCUCGGACGGCUGAUUAAAAGCUCCCAGGGACAGUAUCUGAUUAAGAAUUGGAUACAAAAUCCGCAGAUGUGUUGCUUGUUUCGCUCGCUGCUGGAUAUCGCACCGGAAAAGUUUGAAAACUUAAAUUUUCUCCUUCAUGUUUUGGACGAAAUCAUCAAAUAUAUGAAUCCGACAUCAAACACAGUGUUGUUGCAGAUACUCGUGGGUAAACGCCAACAGCUUAUCAAGGUUGCUCAGAAGGAAACGCUCCAGGUUCAAAGCCAGUCGCAGACUUUACUGCAAGUUUUGACCACCAGCAAAGCUUCAGAAGUGGAACACAAGGGCAAACAGCAGCUCCGCCAGACAAGCCGGGAUGAGAUGCUUAACGUUAUCUCCACCCUGCUCAAAGGUGGCAAACGAAUCGCCCUGGAAAAUCCCGAACUGCAGUUCGACAAACGAGGUCUGCUGGUGGACUGGCUAGCUAGUGCCGAUUCCGAAUUGAUUCACGUAAACAAGGAGAUUCAAAUGGAUUUGUUGUUCAAUCGAACGCUGCCCCAAUUUCGACCCUAUCUUCUCUCGCUGAUGAGUCAUCAGACCAGCUGGUCCACUCUUCACCAGACGGUGGAUAUUCUAAUGGAGGGUUUCAACCCAAACUAUGAUCCAUGUUCGGUUUUGGAUUUUAUCGAUACGAUGACAAGAAAUCCGAAACUUUGGCAGGGAAGAGACAAGUCGGUUCCCAAGCAUGAGCAGAUAGAGUAUAUUGUAACGUUCAACGAGCGGCAAAUUAAAACCUUCGUCGAUUACGUAUUGGCGGAAGACGAUCAAGAGAAAAUGUGUCAACGAGUUAAACUUCUACUUCAGUGUAUUGUUCGCAAAUCGGAACAUUUACAUGCUAUGGUUGGAUAUGCGCUGGAAAAGAAGAAUAAUUCUUCGAAGAAGUUUCUUCAACAGUUGUAUCUGAACAUUCCACCGAUGAAAUUCCUAAUGCCCCAUAUCGACGGUGUUUACGAUGCCGACGUUCGGAAUGCAACGGGCUGCGUUGGAGAUAAAUUUGCCUACUAUAUCAUUACGACGAUUACUUGUCUCACGAACCCACGGGACUUCCAGCAAAUGUCCGCCGAGAUGGAACUGAUUGUGAGAAAGCUGGCCGCUUCCCAUCCGGUAUUGAUGCUGCGACAACUAUCACUUCUAGCCACGCUGCUGCAGGGAAGAGCUCAUAUGGAUCUUCAUGUGCUGCGAUCCGAGUAUCAUUUUCAUCUAUUCCAUCAAGUUAUUGGGAUUCUGGAGCUUCUUCAACCGCUCGUUUUCGACGACAGCUAUAAAUCUGGCCUCCAGAAUGCUCUCGAUUGCUACUUUGCUCUACUGAGGAAUCACGGUAAUGUGAAGGAGACCUACACGCUCAUAUACCGUUUCAUGGAGCUCCUUCAAGCUUAUAUUGGCGCUAACUCGAAAACAGCUAUCGCGUUCAUUCUUAAUUACUACGAACUCUUAAACGAUCUUGCUCAGCAGCACUACGACCUUCAAUCGCUUCAACUGCUGGUACAAGGUCUCUCGAUGCUUAGAAUACGGCAGUCGUCCUCCUCGGUAGCAGCGAUCAAAUACGAACCGGAAGAACCCUCGCAAGGAACCUCUAAGGAUAUCAAGCCAAAAACAAGCCAUCCGAACGACCACACAACAGUCGUUGUCAUGAUGUCCCCUUACAUCAAGAACGAAAUACUUCCCCAGCACUGGCUUGAGCUGUCACACGCUCUCCGAUCGCGCGACAUAGAGGACGUUUCCAUCCCACUGCUCGAAGUGGAUGCACUAACAGUGAAGCGACCUAACCUCCUAGAGGAUGUUUUUGACGAAAUUAUUCGCUUUCUUGUCCACCCAUCGGGCGCCGUGCGCCAGACGGCUCACGGACUGGUCACACGCUGGCUCAAGCAGAGUCCGGGGAAGUUUUCCACCAACAGCACUGCGCUAACGUCGUUUGUGCAGUGUCUUUACCACGAAGACGUGGCCGUGGUUCAAACGGCGCUCGACAAGGCCACCGAAUAUGUGUUGUGUCUGCAGGAGUACGCGCCGCAAAUCAUGACGACAAUGUUCAAUCUGGGCAUCAGCUGCAAGAUCAACACCUACCCGUCGAUUAGACGUUGCGUACUGGCCCUCAAGAAGCAGCAUGCGUGCUGAGAGGACCUCAGAUCACAGUGAUGUAUCUGCGCGGGGGAUUAAUAAAGUUAAGU